CUACCGCUGCAAAAGAAGGACACAAUGCCUUUUCACGGCAAGGAGGAGCUCUAGCUGUGUCCGAGCUGAACGCAGAUGCCGGAGCUAGUGUGGAUCGCACAGAUGUGGAGCGAACAGCGAAACGCGUAUGGGAGAUAAUAGCAGAGGUCCCCGCCGGACCAUGGGACUGACGGAGCUGCCCCUGCUGCUGCCUCUGCUCGGGCUGCUGUGGCUCCGCUGUGCUCUGCUCUGUGCAGGCUGCAGCGAGCAGGUGGAGAUCCAUACAGAGCGGAGGGGUGUGAUCUACAGCCCUUCCUGGCCUUUAAACUACCCAGCUGGGGUCAACUGCAGCUGGCAUAUUCAGGGAGGUCAAGGAGAAGUUAUUACCAUCAGUUUCCGUAACUUUGACCUGGCGGAGUCGGGAAAAUGCACGGGAGACUGGCUCCUCCUGACACCUACAUGGAAGAGAGAAUCCAGGCUAUGUGGCUCGGUGCUGCCGCAGCCCUUCAUCUCCACCAGGGGGCGUGUUUGGCUCUUCUUCCACUCUCAAGCCAACAGCUCUGGGCAAGCCCAGGGCUUCCGACUCUCUUACAUCAGAGGUCACCUAGGUCAGAGCAGCUGUCAGUCAGAUGAAUUCCUCUGUGGGAAUGGGAAGUGUCUUCCUCACUCCUGGAAGUGCAACGGUCAGGAUGAAUGUGGGGAUGCCUCGGAUGAACGCAGCUGCUUGCCGCCUCCCACUGAGGCGCAGCCGGGCCUCUGCCCCUUUGGCUCUCUGCCGUGCACCGAGGCCCAGUCCACCCGAUGCCUGCCCGCGGGCCUGCGCUGCAACGGAGCCCGGGACUGCCACGAUGGAAGUGACGAACUGGGUUGCCCUGACACUACUUGUGGCAAACGUCUGGGGAACUUUUAUGGGUCGUUUGCCUCUCCUGAUUUUUUCCGUGCGAACCGUAGCGGCGACACUGAGCUGAGAUGCUCCUGGUUGUUGGACACUCAGGACCCUAAGCCCAUUGUUCUGCAGCUGGACCUGCAGCUGGGGCCUGGAGAUUUGCUGCAUGUCUAUGAUGGCCUGCUGCAGCGAGCGGAGCAUCUGUUACAGGUGUUGUCAUAUCACAACAACAGGCGGCCUGCCCUAUUGGAGUCGAGCCGGGGACAGAUGAGCGUUUUGUACAUGGCCCAGCCUCACAGUCCGGGGCAUGGUUUCAAUGCUACAUAUCAGGUGAAAGGUUACUGUUUUCCUGGCGAGCGUCCCUGCGGCAGUGAUCAGGGCUGUUACUCUGAACGCCAGCGCUGUGACGGCUACUGGCACUGCCCAUCUGGUCGAGAUGAGGAGGGCUGUCCGAUGUGUCCAGAUGGAGAGUUCCCCUGCGAGGGUGGUACAGGAAUGUGUUACCCAGCCUCUGAACGCUGCAACAACCAGAAGAGGUGUCCAGAUGGGUCGGACGAGAAGAACUGCUACGAUUGCCAACCUGGAAACUUCCACUGUGGGACUAACCUGUGUAUCUUUGAGACGUGGCGCUGUGACGGGCAGGAGGACUGUUUAGAUGGAAGCGAUGAGAGGGACUGCUUGGCAGCAGUGCCCAGGAAAGUGAUCACAGCUGCCCUGAUUGGCAGUCUGGUCUGCAGUCUCCUGUUGGUUAUUGCUCUUGGCUGUGCCCUUAAACUGCACUCCCUCAGGAACAGAGAGUACAGAGCUUUUGAGACGCAAAUGACUCGCAUGGAGGCCGACUUUGUCCAGAGAGAGGCUCCUCCUUCAUAUGGUCAGUUAAUAGCCCAGGGUCUUAUCCCUCCGGUGGAAGAUUUUCCUGUAUACAAUCCCACCCAGGCUUCAGUGUUACAGAAUCUUCGGUUGGCAAUGCGCAGGCAGAUAAGGCGUCACUCAACUCGCCGCUCCACUUCCUCCUCUUCCAGACGACGUCUAGGCCAUCUUUGGAAUCGCUUGUUCCGUAGUGGAGGACGAGCCAGAGGCCACGCCCCACUCCUGGAUCCCCCUGGACUCACGCAGAUCACACUAGGGCUUCACAGCUACCGGACUGUCGGGGAGCAGGGACCUCAGAACAGGGCCAUGUCUGCAGGUGGGUCUGACGUAGUAGGUGUGGACCUGCCAGAGAGCCCUGCAUCGCCUCUCUCCUUUCAUUCAGUGGACAGUCCAGAGGAGGAAGAGGACCUGUCACCUGUCAGCAGAGAUGGCAGCAGGGCUGCAGAGUCUGCACCUCCCACUCCUUGCCAGAGUGACUCCUCAGUACAAAGUGGACUUCCUCUCUCCCCCCAGGAAGCCUCUGUACCCCUGUGCCCACCCCGGGCAUCUAGAAAAUUGGUUCUGGAGCUUGCAGUUAACCUGAAGGGGGUUUCCUUAAGACGUUACUCCCCCUUAGGACCUUUGUCCCCUAUUUCACCCCCUGUGUUUCCCAGCAGUUCCCAGACACCAUCAACUCAACCUCAACCACAGGGUUCAGAGGUGACUUCACCCACCGAGCCCUUAUUUUCCUCUGUGAAACCAGAGGACAGUGACAGCCAGUUUACUGUGAACAUGCCAAGCAGGGAUGAGACGAAACCAGAGGCAAGAAGCAGCCUAUGCAGGUUCGGCAGAAGCAUCAGUGAAGAGGGAGGAGAUUUAGGAAGGGAGACGCUGUGCUGAAAAGUUUAGGAUGACGCUCUCCUCACUGUCGAGAGCUGGCAAUUGCAAUAUCCGUUCUGAUAAAGUGUCCUUGAGAUGUGACUCCACCAGAGUCAGAGGUGAGAACCUGUACUUCAGUCUUUCAUUUGGAGGGGGUACAAUAUGAAACUCAAUAAAUAUCACUCCAUUUCAUUAUUUGAAUGCAUAAAAUGUGCAGUUGCAAACAAUUAUGCACAUGCAGUCUUAUCCCAAGACGAAUAAAACCAGCAUUAGUCAUUCUUGCUGUAAAUUGCUUUCUAAAGCUCAUGCCAGAGCUUAACUACUUCAAUUAAAAUGCAAACAGAUAGCCCCAAUUAGCCCGUUAUGAUAUUUACCCUGAAUUUGUUCCAAAAGAUUAAAUACAGUUUUGGCCACAAGUACUAAUACAACCCACUACUGGCAAAAUGUAUCUGAAAUGCCAAAACAGCCUUUAUGUCUUUACCCAAAGCCAUUAUGCACCGCUAUAUACUGUGAGCCAUAACAGCCUAAUGAGUGAACACACAAAUUGAUCUGAUCGAUCCUCUAUUCUUUCUUGUUCCCUUUUAUUGUUUAUGUUUAUUGCUGUAUGACAUCAUUAAUAUGUCACGGCUGAGUGCAUCAAUUAAGGAUGUAGUUGCUGAAAAUUUAAUUUUUUUUUAAUAUUGGCAACAAAUCCUGUGAUUUGUCCACAUCAACCUUCUUAAAGACUUAACAGCUGUAAGAAGAGAGAUCAGACAAAGCUGUGGACAUCGAACAGAUUAACACACGAGGUGCGCUCGUGGAAGCAGGAGUUUGAAAUUCUUAUGUAUUUAUUCAUUAUUUAACACAUUUUUGUAAUUUCCUUAUAAAAUCUUAUUUUACACAUUGAUAAAUAUGAUGAUAAAUAUAUGGAAUAUUGAACUGAAUAUUGACUCUACAUUUCCAUGAAGAGUCAAUAUUCAAUAUUCAGGGAUUGUUCAGGGAUUUGUUCUUCAUGGUUACAUAAUAACAGACCAUUACAGAUAUCACUGGUUGAUUUUGGUCUUGUUGUGCGAUUUGUUGACAGUAAGAAAUGUCUUGAAAUACAGCUUUGAACCAUGUCAAAAAAAGGUUUGAUAUUUUUUUAAUAGGUUUUUAUAUUUUCCUGUGGAGAGUUUGAUGAAAAUAGCACACCUGGUAGUCUAGGUUACCCUAGUGCAGGCUAGGCUAGUUUCUGUCUGAAGGCAAUCAUUAAAGCUAGUUUUCCCCUCUGUUUUAUAACCUUGUGCUAAGCUAUGUAGAUGCAAGCUAUAGUAUAUAUUUAUAAUUGAGAAUUUGCAAGCUUAUCUCCCAGAAAAAAUAUCAACUUUUCCUUUAACACUUGUGCAGUGUCAGUAUUGAUUCAGCAGACAUCGUUUUGACCACUUUUAAGAAACAUCAAGAACUUAUUUAUUCACUCUUAUUAAUUGUAGCUUUAGUUUAAGUUUUUAUCUUCAUGAAUGAUCAGUUAAAAAAAAGCCAAACUUGGAUGAAGAUUUACAAAGUGAGUCCAAGAAUAUUGCCUCUAACUCUGUUCAGCCUCUCAUCCUUUUCAUAAUAAACCAAACCUGUCCCGUUAAACAAAGUCGAUCCUUUUAAAUGAACCCGACUUUAUAUAUAUAUGUAUAUGAGUGUUUGCAUUGACCUCCAUUCAGUGCACUGACUGUAUGUGAAUGCCCAAGAAACUUUGAAAAGAGGAGCUUCACAUGGAAAUACUGUUUGUUCACUCUUCAUCCCAGUCGAUGACUGGGUCAUCGUGGAUGUCUGGACUACUGGUUUAUGCUGGUGGAAAUUCAAAUCUAUGCUGUGGAAUUUUCUAAUACUGGACGCUUAAGCAAAGACCUCUAUUUUCAAGUCUUCAGUGGAGACCUGUACAAAUUUUUGCUUUACAUUUCUCUUUCUGCCUUGAAGUUAUUGCCUGUUUCUGGGCUGCUUUUUGACACUGGUAACAUUUUGCUAAUCACUGUUGGACCUUUAAAGAAUGUACCAGUCUUCUUUUGUUAUAAAUAUCAGUGACUCCCCCCCUCCCACUUGUGCUGCAGGAUAUUCAUACUAGAAGAAUAAGAAGCCAAUAAGUAGUGUGGGUUUGGAGCAAAAGAGAAUUGACCAGAAUGCCAUUUCGUGUGGAAAAACUAGAUCGUUCCUACUGUUUGUUUUUUUUUUCUUUAAAAUGAGCUGAAUGUGCCAUGCUACCCUACAAGUUUUGCCAAGAACAGCUGCUAUAUGUUAUGUGCCAUUAGAGAUAUUUCCAUAGUCCUUCCAACUAAUUUCUGCCUAAUAAUCUGUUCUCAUCCCCAGUUCUUACUUUGAAAUAUUGAAAAAUAAGCUAAGUUUAUUUAUUUAUAGUUUUACAGAUGUUUUACUUGUGUUCCCUUAUAAGUCUAUUUAAAACACAUCUGUCCUCAUUUAGCUUAAAGUGAAAUAGUUUAGCUGCUGUCUGGGGGGAAAAAAAUGCGUAUCUUGCUUUGUGAUUUAGAGACAUGCAUUAUAAACGCCUUAAUGGGUUUUCCCUGUUGUUGCAACGGUCAAGAAGGGUUUAUGAAUCAACUCUGUGGUUUACCUGUUUGAAGAGAUUAGAUUUGUCUUUGUCUAGACAACACUCUUUUAUACAUGUCAUGUGAUUAUUAAAUAUGACUGAUCUGGAGGUACAGUGCACUAAUAUGUCAGAAUUCUCAGCUCUGGGAUUAUUACAGCGAAGAGUAAGAGAAAGGGAACCUUUCAGGUCUUCUUCCAUUGUAUUUAAAUAGUGAUUUAUUCAGGAUGUAGUCAUCAGCUUAAGGAGAGUCAUGGUAAUUUGGUACAAUCUUUAGUGAAAUUGUGUUACACUGACUGCUAAUGUGGUUAGGUUGAUGAUUAUGAUCUGCCAGUUUAGAUAAGUGUGUCUUUUCUGUUCCCUGAAUUUCAGCAUUUAUGCUUUAGCAAAAUGUCUUCAGUAUGCUUUAGUAAUAGCUGUACUUUUGUAUAGUUUUGUGCACAGGUAAGCACACUGGAUUGUGAUUGAAAGUAAAGUUCUGCUGAAAGCUUCUGUCUGAUAAUAUCAUCAUUAGAGACUUGAGUUUGAAGCUUUGUUCCCUUCACAGGCUGAAGAUGAUGUUUGUUUCUCACGUUUUGAGAAUUAUGUUUGUAUAUUUUGUGCUGCAAGAGAAAUGCUGCCAUGGCAUUGUUGGGUUUGCAGAUCCAAAAUUCUGUUUAAUCUUCUGCUUAUCAUAAUUUUCCUGUG